UCUGUCCCAGAGUCAUGGAGGACAGGAGGCCACAGAAGUCAUGUGAAGAAGCCAUUGGGUCAUUAGUGAAAAAGGAAUAUGAGAAUGCGGUGGCCCACAGUACAGAGGCCCUGUUGGCCUUGGGGCAUCAACCCCCUUGCCCAGGCACAACAGCCCUCCUUAACCGGGCCCUGCUCUACAGGAUAGCAGCCCUCCUCCAGCUGAAAAACUAUGAUCAAGCAGAUGAGGACUGUAAGCGUGUCCUGGCUGAGGAGCCAACUAAAGGCGACUGCAGUUUCAAGGCUGUUCUGCAGAGCAUGGUGGUGGAUGGCAGCCUUCAGGAGAUCUACAGGGUCCUCUCCAAGGCACUGUGUGGGGAGCCACUGAAUGGAAUUAUGACAAAGGACAUGACAAGGUUGAAAAUGCUCCUUUCUGAAGUUGAGGCCGCAAGUGUUGAGAUGACAUCUGACUUCACGGAGGAGAACGACGAGGAUGUUCAAGAGGGCUGGCGGUUUCGUCCUCCUCCUCGAGGAGUCACCAGUAGUGAGGAGUACACAUUGUGUAAAAGGUUUCUGGAGCAGGGACUCUGCCGGUACGGGGCUCAGUGCACUUCGGCUCACUCUCAGGAGGAGUUAACGGAGUGGCAGCGCCGCUACGCUUCUAGACUCAUCCGCCUCAAGCAGCAACAGGAGAGCAGGCAUUUCACCGAAAAUUACAUUGAAGCUCUCAUUGAGAAAUGGAUCAACUCCCUCACCCCUGAGAGAGUGCUUAACGACUGUUUGGAGGGAGUGACUGUAGAACACAGCUCAGAUCUCUCGGUCACCGUCACCACCAAGAAAUCAUCUCACUCUUGGAAAUUCUCCCUCUACUGCAAGCCUCCCCGCACCCUUCACCGAAUCGCCCUGCUCUAUGACGCCAACCGGCCGCAUUUCUCCAUCACGGCCGUGUCAGCCGGUGACACCUCAACUCAGGUCCCACAGGAGGUGUCUGAGGGCGGGUGCCAGGAGUGGAGCAGCGGGGCAGAGUUGGUCCAGAAUGGCCUGGACCACUGCCUCUACACCGUGGUGGUGUCCUUCAGCACAGAGAUCUUUGGCACAUUUCGUCAGACGGUCGUCUUUGAUUUCGGCUCCGAGCCCAUCCUCAUGCAGAGGGUUAUGGUGGAUGCCGCCUCUAUCGAGGAUUUGGAACACUUAAUGCAGGCCCGACAGCAGCUCCUGAAUACUGCCAAGCGCUGGGAUUCGUCCUGUAAGACGAUUGUGGAAUUUGAGCCCAACGAGACAACGGAGCUGGAGCGCAGCCUGCUGAGCCGGUACCAGAUCCCCCUGUCGGCCGACCAGCUCUUCACCCAGUCUGUCCUGGACAAAACCUUGACCCGGGAUAACUACCAGUCCCGCCUUCAUGACCUGCUCUACAUCGAAGAGAUCGCGCAGUAUAAAGAAGUUAGCAAGUUCAACAUUAAGGUUAACCUCCAGCUGGUCAACAGCUUCAUGUUGACAGGCAUCUCUGGGGGUGCCAAGUACGCCCAGAAUGGGCAGCUGUUUGCCCGCUUCAAGCUGACGGAGACGCUGUCGGAAGACACGCUGGCAGGACGACUGGUGAUGUCCAAGGUUAACUCUGUGCUGCUCCUGCCCGUCCCCAAGGAUCGGCUAGGCCAGGGGCAGCCUGCAAGCACCAAGGAGAAAGUGUACGAGGCCCUGAUCGAAGAGAAGACCAAGGAUUACAUCUUCCUACGCAUCUGUAGAGACUGCUGUGAUGAACUUAACCUGGUGCCGGACAGAGAGUUGCAGGUGGAGCUUCAGUUCCAGCUGAACCGGCUUCCUCUGUGCGAGAUGCACUACGCUCUGGACCGCAUCAAAGACAACGGCAUCCUUUUCCCUGACGUCAGUCUCACCCCCACCAUCCCCUGGAGCCCCAACCGGCAGUGGGACGAGCAGUUGGACCCACGUCUGAACGCUAAACAGAAGGAGGCCAUUUUGGCCAUCACCACCCCUCUCUCCAUCCAGCUGCCCCCCGUGCUCAUCAUCGGGCCCUACGGCACAGGCAAAACCUUCACCCUGGCCCAGGCCGUCAAGCACAUCCUCAAACAGCCCGACACAAGGGUCCUCAUUUGCACCCAUUCAAACAGUGCUGCUGACCUGUAUAUCAAAGACUAUCUUCACCCAUACGUGGAGGCAGGCAACGCGCACGCCAGACCGCUCAGGAUUUACUUCAGGAACCGUUGGGUAAAGACGGUACACCAGGUCGUACAGCAGUACUGCCUCAUCUCCAGCACCUCCUUCACUUUCGAGAUGCCUACUCGACAGGACGUGGAAAAUCAUCGGGUCGUCGUGGUAACACUCAGCACCUCUCAGUACCUCUGCCAGCUGGAUCUGGAGCCAGGGCUUUUCACGCACAUCCUGCUGGAUGAGGCUGCCCAAGCCAUGGAGUGUGAGACCAUCAUGCCUCUAGCAUUGGCCAAUCGAAGCACCAGAAUUGUGCUGGCAGGAGACCACAUGCAGCUUAGUCCGUUUGUGUACAGUGAGUUUGCACGAGAGAGGAACCUGCACGUCUCUCUGUUGGACCGCCUGUACGAACACUAUCCUGCCGAAUACCCCUGCCGGAUCCUUCUGUGCGAAAACUACCGCUCCCAUGAGGCAAUCAUCAACUACACGUCGGAGCUGUUCUACGAGGGCAAACUGAUGGCCAGCGGGAAGCAGCCCCCCCACAAAGACUUCUACCCCCUGACCUUCUUCACAGCGAGAGGCGAGGACGUCCAGGAGAAGAACAGCACCGCUUACUUCAACAACGCAGAGGUGUUUGAGAUCGUGGAGCGGGUGGAGGAGAUGAGGAAGAAGUGGCCGGUGGCCUGGGGGAAGCUGGACGAGGGGAGCAUCGGCGUGGUCUCCCCUUACGCCGACCAGGUCUUACGCAUCCGAAUCGAGCUACGCAAGAGGAGAAUGCCCGAAGUCAGCGUAGAGAGAGUACUCAAUGUUCAAGGUAAGCAGUUCCGUGUCCUGUUCCUGAGUACGGUUCGCACGCGACACACCUGCAAGCACAAGCAGACUGCCAUUAAGAGAAAAGAACAAUUGGUAGAAGACUCCACAGAGGACCUGGACUACGGCUUCUUGUCCAACUACAAAUUGCUCAACACCGCCAUUACCCGUGCCCAGUCCCUGGUAGCCGUGGUGGGAGACCCCAUAGCUCUCUGUUCAGUGGGCCGCUGCAGGAAGUUUUGGGAAACCUUUAUCUCCAUCUGCCAUGAGAAUCACAGUCUGCAUGGCAUCACCUUUGAGCAGAUCAAAGCUCAGUUGGAGGCUCUGGAGCUGAAGAAGACCUACGUGCUGAAUCCUCUCGCCCCAGAGUUCAUCCCGCGCGCCCUACGCCCACAACACCCACAAGGACAAAGCAAACACCAGCAUUCCCCUCCCAAGGCGAAAGGACAGCUUGCGAAUCACACGGAGCACUUCCCCCCUGAAGGAUUCGUUCAGCCCAAUGCUGCAGUGCUGAUGGGGAACCCUAUUCAGGCUUUUACCCCUCCAGGUGGAGGAGCUCCAGCUUCAGGCAAAUCCCCCAGUCCUGUCCAGAGGAUUGACCCCCACACGGGCACGAGCAUCCUCUAUGUGCCCGCUGUCUACGGGGGUAACGUGGUGAUGCCCAUGCCCCUACCAUUACCAUGGCCAGGUUAUCAGAAUCGCUUUGCCAUGGACCCACGCAUUAUGAGUCACCAGGCGGCCAUGGCCUAUAACCUGAACCUGCGACAGCCCAGUCGGGCCUCUCCCGUACUCUAUGGCCUAGGACACCCUUCUCCCCUCAGCCUCAACCAGCAGCCAGCCCCCGACAAAGAGCCGCCGCAGGACAACAGCGGCAACGGGAAAAUCGACGUUAAUGGCAGAAUGGAGCACAGCCGAAUGCUGACGCCAGAGAGGAAAGCCCAGGAGCUGAAAGACAAACAGGGAGAUGUUGACUCAGUCCAGAAUAAGAGCCCAGAGCCUCAGGCUGGGUUGGGUUUCCCUGCCAACCGGCUCCUAAGGAAGGACAAUCCUACUCAGAGACCUCUCAACUUCCACCUGGUGCCCCCCCAUCCCAACUUCCCUCCUCACCAUGGCAACAGUCAAUUCCCUCCACCCCAGUUUGGGCUCGCCCGACCUCCCCUACGUGUUCAGCCUCAGCACCCAGGCCAGGUCCACCCUCAACACCAGCAAAUGUCCUCCAACUUUCCUCCGCCUGCCGGCAUAAACCCCUCUUUCUACAGCGGCCCUCCACUGCCUGCUCGUGGGCUGCAGUCUCCCGGCCUGGAGGCUCUGGAUGGCGGGGAGCUGGGAGUGUCUGCUGGGCCUAACGCGGUGCCCGAGGAGAUGAAGAGUGUGGUCAGAGGUCUUCCUCCGCAUCAACAGCCUACAGCCCAGCCGCAGCAACACCAUCAGCCCAUGCGCCUCAACAGCUUUGGGGAGGAGAGCCUGGACUCUCUGCUGGGAGACACUCUGGACGGUCCAGGCUCGUCUGGAUUGGAGGCUUUGGCUCCGCAGCCUCGGCUCAGCCAGUGGGGAGAAUACAGUCAUUUUCUCCAGAGUGGAGUGGCCUUCCCUCUGGCCCAGCAGCUGGCCCACCUCGGGCAGCCCGGGCUCCGGCUCCCUCAACAGCUCCUCAGGGCAAACUGGGGACUAGGACCCGCCGCAGAGGAGGAGGCCAGGCCACCCAUGACCAGAUAUCCUGGGUUACUGCGUGAGGUGCUUCCUCAGCAGCAGUAUGAGCAGAGAGAGGCAACUGAGAUGCCUCCGCCCCAGUCCCGCCUGCUCCAGUAUCGUCAGGUCCAAUCUCGUAGUCCUGGAGAACUUCCCUCACCCUCCUCCAAUCACAACACAACCGGACCCUUCCCUGGUCCUGGCCCCGGCCCCGGCCCCGGCCCCGGCCCCGGCCCCGGCCCCGGCCCCGGCCCCGGCCCCGGUCCCGGUCCGUACCCCGACACCAGCCGAGAGCUGCCCAUAGGCGGGCAGCCCUUCCAGCAGCCCCAGGCCAACUAUCCAGUGCAGCCCGAGAAUGCGGGCUCCCUUCCGGUCAAGUACCUCCUGCCUGAGGCCCACUGGCCUCAUCCUGGCCUGCCCCAGAGCCACAUACUGGGUCAGGGUCUUCCCUUUGGCCUGCAGGCUGUGGCUCACAGACAGCAGCAGGGCCCACUCACACAGCUGCAGCACCAGCAGCAGAAACAGCAGCUGCAGCUGCAAGCCUCUCAGAGUUCCCUGCACAGUGUAGAAGAGUAUGAACCUAGAGGACCAGGCCGGCCUCUCUACCAGAGAAGGAUUUCCUCCAGUUCACCCCAGCCCUUUUCAGACAGCCCUCAGGACCAUCCCACCCCCACCCCCUCCUACAGAUACCCUGCCGCAGACCUGUGGCCCAGCAGCAGCAACCCCGCUUCCCUACACAACAUUCCAUGCAACGGAGCGGGUCACCCCGUCCCUCACAGGGACAUUUUAGUUUCUAAGGCAAUGAAUGCUGGCGAGGAACACCUGAAGGCCGAGUGCAUCCAGCAGCCUUCCCACCCCCCCAACACCACCUCUCUCCAGCAGCAUGGACAGUUCCCACCUCUAAUGCCCAGCAAGCAAACUCCACCAGACCCAGGAGGAGGGGGCAGCAGCCCAGGAGGCCCCCAGGGGUCCAGCCACACCAAGCCCCCUACCAUGUCGUACGCCAGCGCCCUCCGUGCCCCCCCCAAACCCCGGCCUGUGCCCGAGCAGGUCAAAAAGAACAGCGACCCCAUCUCUCUGUUACAGGAACUUAGCAUAGGCAGUUCAAACAGCAGCAAUGGGUAUUAUUCGUAUUUUAAAUAA